AGCGGCGGAAAGAGCCGAGGCGGUCGCCAUAGGGGCUGAGGCGGACGGUAAGGCCGAGCUGUGCGCAGCGGCCGCCCGGUGCCCGCCGGUAACGGAUCGGCUGCUCGGCGAGGGCACCAUGCUGCGCCUGCCCGCACUCCGCAGGGCUCUUGCUGCGGCCGCACCGGCCUCUGCUGUGCACGGCCGCACGACCGCUACGGCAGCCAGCAACCAGAUCGAGGUGUUUGUGGACGGGCAGCCCGUGCUGGUGGACCCCGGAACCACAGUGCUGCAGGCCUGUGAGAAGGUUGGGAUUCAGAUCCCACGCUUCUGUUACCAUGACCGUCUCUCUGUUGCUGGAAACUGUAGGAUGUGCCUUGUGGAAAUAGAGAAGGCUCCGAAGCCAGUAGCUGCUUGUGCCAUGCCAGUUAUGAAGGGCUGGAACAUACUGACAAAUUCUGAGAAGUCCAGGAAAGCAAGGGAGGGUGUAAUGGAGUUUCUACUAGCAAAUCACCCGCUGGACUGUCCUAUCUGCGAUCAGGGUGGAGAAUGUGACCUACAGGAUCAAUCAAUGAUGUUUGGCAGUGAUAGGAGUAGAUUUAGAGAGGGAAAACGCGCUGUUGAGGACAAGAACAUUGGCCCAUUAGUCAAAACAAUCAUGACUCGGUGUAUACAGUGCACUCGAUGCAUAAGAUUUGCUAGUGAGGUUGCAGGCGUAGAUGACUUGGGAACAACUGGAAGAGGAAAUGACAUGCAAGUUGGUACUUACGUUGAAAAAAUGUUCAUGUCUGAGUUAUCAGGAAAUAUUAUUGACAUCUGCCCUGUUGGUGCCCUUACCUCCAAGCCAUAUGCCUUUACUGCACGCCCAUGGGAGACAAGGAAGGUAGAGUCCGUUGAUGUUCUUGAUGCAGUUGGAAGCAACAUUGUUGUGAGCACAAGGACUGGAGAAGUGAUGAGAAUUUUGCCCAGGUUGCAUGAAGAUAUCAAUGAGGAAUGGAUCUCUGACAAAACAAGGUUUGCAUAUGAUGGUCUGAAGCGUCAGAGGCUGACUCAGCCCAUGAUCAAGAAUGAGAAAGGACUCUUUGCUUACGCUUCAUGGGAGGAUGUGUUAACUCGUGUUGCUGGUGUGCUAAAGGCUGUCCAAGGUAAGGAGGUAGCGGCAAUUGUAGGAGGACUGGUGGACGCAGAAGCACUAAUAGCUCUAAAAGAUUUACUGAAUAGAGUAAACUGCGAUACACUCUGCACAGAAGAGAUCUUCCCUACUGCUGGAGCUGGCACAGAUUUACGCUCUAACUACCUGCUUAAUACCAAGAUUGCCGGAGUGGAGGAGGCAGAUGUCCUGCUUUUGGUUGGCACCAAUCCGCGCUUUGAGGCACCGCUUUUUAAUGCUAGAAUUCGAAAGAGCUGGCUUCACAAUGACUUGCAUGUGGCCCUUGUUGGCUCUGCUGUGAAUUUGACCUACACGUAUGAUCAUCUGGGAGAUUCCCCACAGAUACUCCAGAACAUUGCUUCUGGGAAACAUGCAUUCUGCAAGGUCCUCGACCAAGCUAAAAAGCCAAUGGUGGUGGUAGGAAGUGCAGCACUGCAGCGCAACGAUGGAGCAGCCAUCCAUGCUGCAGUUUCCACCAUUGCACAAAAUGCCAGGACUAAGAGUGGUGUUGGUUCUGAUUGGAAAGUCAUGAACAUCCUUCACAGGGUUGCAAGCCAGGUGGCUGCUUUGGAUCUGGGUUUCAAACCAGGAGUGGAGGCCAUUAGAAAAAAUCCUCCCAAAGUGUUGUAUCUCUUGGGAGCAGAUUCUGGUUGUAUAACACGUCAGGAUUUGCCAAAGGAUUGCUUUAUCAUCUAUCAAGGACAUCAUGGUGAUGUGGGAGCUCCCAUGGCUGAUGUUAUUCUCCCAGGGGCAGCAUAUACAGAGAAGGCAGCAACAUAUGUUAAUACUGAGGGUAGGGCCCAGCAGACAAGAGUAGCAGUAACACCUCCUGGGAUGGCAAGGGAAGACUGGAAAAUCAUUAGAGCUGUCUCUGAGGUGGCUGGUUUGACCUUGCCUUAUGAGAACCUUGACGAAAUACGGAAGCGUUUAGAAGAAGUAUCUCCUAAUCUGGUCCGAUAUGAUGAUGUGGAGGAGGCCAACUACUUCAAGCAGGCAAACGAAUUAUCAAAGUUAGUAAAGCAGCAGCUUCUUGCUGAUCCUCUUGUUCCACCUCAGCUCACAAUAAAAGACUUCUAUAUGACAGAUUCCAUCAGUAGAGCAUCCCAGACAAUGGCCAAGUGUGUGAAAGCUGUUGUUGAAGGUGCUCAUGCAGUGGAGGAGCCAGCCAGCUGCUAGUUACUGAUCCAACAGCCACCACCUCCAUCCAAGUAUUUGUUGCAGUUAAUAGCUGUGACCAAUACCUUCUUUCUUUUGUUUUGUUUUUUUCCAGAAUCUGUUUGCUAGGCAGUGGCAUUUCUUUUUUUCAUCCACAUUUUCAUCAGUUCACGUGGUCCCAUAAUGUAGGACUCUCAUGGCUGGAGAGAACAUGCAGCAUUCUCAACUUACUGUACCUAGAGGCUGCACACACGAUGAUUGUAUACAAAUAAAUUAUAAUGUUAAACAAGCCCUUACCCAUGUAA